AAAUAUACUCCAUGGCAACGCGGAUGCACAAAUUUGUUUAUGCAUCGAUGUAUUGACUGCUGAUAGGGGCUUUUGAAGACUUCAUUUACCCACACACAUUUAAAGUUUAAAAAAGUAAAAAAAAAAACGCCAUCAUGAACAGGCUUAAGUCAGCCACAAGCUCCAACAACAGUGGCACAUCCUCGGAAACCAGCGAGACGCAAAGUGUGGAUGACCAGCAAAGUGCUUCGCAAUCGAACGUUCGUGCUAGUAGUGCAUCAUUGAAUAGAGCAAAAAACAGUUGGAGACGCAUGAAGGACCUGGCGGCGGAAAAGGAAAAAGAAAAUGAGUCCAAGCGCCCACCAUGGCGCGCUGUUAGCGUCUCAACGCUCACGAAACCUGAUAAAAGUGCCCUGUUGCGGGCCAAAUUACUGGACGCUUCAAGACGGCUGAGAGCGGGUAAGGCCAAUGUAGCUCUGCAAACCGACUUCGUGCCUACAAAGCUAAUGAAAGAGGCCAGCUUUGGUGUCCAACAUGACCUCAUUCUUCGCAAGGAAAUAGGCAUUCUAACCGAUGGACAAUAUUCAAAGAAGAAAGAUGGGUUUCAGCAGUACGUCCUGACUUACUCCAUGUCUCAAAUGACCGAUAGUGUGGAUACUGUUUCGCGACAAACUCAAACCCUACUGCCCAAGGCCUACAAUAACGAUCUGGUAAACUCGUAUUUGACGAACUCUGAUGAGGACGGCAGUGAAAUUACAUCCGAUGUUGAAAAGAGACUUGGCGAUCAAAUUGCAAAGAUACGGAAGCUUAACUUUAACGAGUCCUCGCAGCCUAGAAAAAAUAUUAAUAAUUCAAACUUGGCUCCAACUCUUGCGUCUUGGCAUUUCGACGACGAUGCAGUGGAAAUGGAGUCUGAGCGGCAUUUUAUACCCUAUAUUAUUGAGCCGUAUAAGCCCUGGCGAAGCUUUGUACCUUUUCCCUUUAGGUUACGAGGUAAUUCUCUUAUCGGAACCCAGAAAAUCGAUUGGUAUGCCUUGCUGCAGUCUAUUGACGAUUUGAUCAAGGAGUCCAACAACUUGGUUGACAAGCUGGAACACAUUAUGCUUGAGGGUCGGGUACACCGCAAUUCUGUAUUGAAUAAGUUGGAUAAAAUACCAAAAUUUGAUCCUGGCAAGUUUAUUCUGCCCUCAGAGCAAUGGUUGCCUUUGAUUGAGCAGCAGGAAAAGCAGCUUCAGAUUCUUUUACAAGGCAACGAACCAAAUAAUACUUAUUCACAUCCACAGCUUUAA